ACACAUACACAUACACACACACACACACACACACACACACACACACACACACACCAAGGCCCUUCCUGCUCUGCAGAAUAAACCAGAUAAACCAGUUAGACGGUGUCAGUAAAAGUAAAACUAGGCAGCUCCAUUUUGUGUCGAGGGGAAAAUAAACCAUUUCAGGAGUAAAAACACAGGUUUGAUUUAACACACCGAUGUUGGAGUGAAGUAAACGUGUGUCCUGCUGUAAUCUGGAGAAGGAGACAUGACCUCCAACAUAAGUGUGUCUGGAGAACAGGACUUAAAGAAAGAUGAGAGAAUGAUGCAGGGAAAGAGAUCAGACUCACCAGAACCCAGCUGUGUGUCCAUGAAGAGUGACACAUCAAUGGGUAUUCCAAAUAACUUCAGAGACGGAGCCAGUUCUCCUGAUGUGAGACCACAAAAGAAGAAAUCAAACAUCAGCAGAAAUCAGCUGGACUCCAUAUUCAAGGAGCUGGAACACAAAGUCAUCACUCUGAUAAAGAACGAGCUGAAGAGGUUUAGGAAGCUCCUGAGUCCAGAUUACCCAGCAUGCCCUGAGAGGGAGGUGGAGAAUGAGGAAGAUCUGCACAGUGUCAGAGAGGGAGCGCUGAAGAUCACACUGCACGUCCUGAAGAACAUGAACCACACAGAUCUCGCUAACACACUGCACAACAAGUCUGUGGCCUCUGUGUAUCAGCCAAAGCUGAAAUCCAACCUGAGAGAGAAGUUUAAAACAAUUAAUGAAGGAAUAUCACAGCAUGGAAGCUCAGCACUUCUUAAUGAGAUCUAUACAGAGCUCUACAUCACAGAGGGUUGGAGUGGAGACGUCAAUAAUGAACAUGAGGUGAGACAGAUUGAGACAGCGUCCAGGAGACCAGCAACACAGGAGAAACCCAUCAAAUGUAACGAGCUCUUUAAAGACAAGUCCAUCAGAAGAGUGCUGACUAAAGGAGUUGCUGGAAUUGGAAAAACAGUCUCUGUGCAGAAGUUCAUUCUGGACUGGGCUGAAGGAAAAGCAAAUCAGGACGUCACCUUCAUGUUUCCACUUCCCUUUCGAGAGCUGAAUCUGAUGAAGCAGAGAAAUCUCAGUCUGAUGGAGCUUCUUCAUCACUUUUUCCCAGAAAUGAGAAAACUAGAAUUACUAGACUCCUACACAGUGGUGUUGAUCUUUGAUGGUCUGGAUGAGUGUCGACUUCCUCUAAAUUUCCAGAAGAAUGAGAGAUUGUGUGAUGUGACAGAGUCAGCCUCGGUGGAUGUGCUGCUGACAAACCUCAUCAAGGGGAAUGUGCUUCCCUCUGCUCUCCUCUGGAUAACCUCUCGACCAGGAGCAGCCAAUCAGAUCCCUCCUGAGUGUGUAGACCAGGUAACAGAGGUACGAGGCUUCAGUGAUCCUCAGAAAGAGGAGUACUUCAGGAAGAGGAUCAGUGAUCAGAGCCUGGCCAAUAAAAUCAUCACACGCAUGAAGUCUUCAAGAAGCCUCUACAUCAUGUGCCACAUCCCGGUCUUCUGCUGGAUCUCAGCCACUGUUCUAGAGAGAAUGUUGGGUGAAGCAGAGAGUGGAGAGGUCCCCAAGACUCUAACUCAAAUGUUCACACACUUCCUGAUCUUUCAGAUCAAACACAACGACCAAAUGUACUAUCAGAAAUGUGACCCUGAUCCUCAGCAGACCAGAGAGAGUAUCCUGGCACUGGGGAAACUGGCUUUCCAACAGCUGGAGAAAGGAAACCUGAUCUUCUAUGAGGAAGACCUGAGAGAGUGUGGCAUUGAUGUUGGAGAAGUUGCAGUGUACUCAGGAGUGUGUACCCAAAUCUUCAGAGAGGAGUUUGGGCUUCACCUGGGGAAGGUGUUCAGCUUUGUACAUCUGAGUGUUCAGGAGUUUCUGGCUGCUUUAUACACAUUUCUCCACUAUAUUUUUAGAAAGACAAAUGUGUUAGUGGAGCAACGCACUGGACUUUUCCAUUUCUUCAGCAAGUCAAUCAUGUCUGAUUUCCUCAGGAGUGCAGUGGACAAGGCCUUACAGUGUGAGAAUGGACACCUGGACCUGUUCCUCCGCUUCCUUCUGGGUCUCUCACUGGAGUCCAAUCAGGCUCUCUUACAAGGCUUAAUGCCACAGACAGGAAGCAGCUCUCAAAGCAAACAGGAAACAGUCGAGUACAUCAAGGAGAAGAUCAGGGAGAAUCCGUCUCCAGAGAAAUCCAUCAAUCUGUUCCACUGUCUGAAUGAACUGAAUGAUCAUUCUCUAGUGCAGGAAGUACAGACUUACCUGAACAGAGAAGGUAACAGUCGUCUCAGUGGAACCAGACUCUCUCCUGCUCAGUGGUCAGCUCUGGUGUUUGUGUUACUGAACUCAGAUCAGGAGCUGGAUGAGUUUGAUUUGAGGAAAUAUGACCCAUCAGAGGAAUGUUUUCUGAAGCUGCUGCCAGUGGUCAAAGCCUCCAGAAAAGCUGUGCUGUGUUGGUGUAAUCUGACAGAGGAAAGCUGUAGAGUUCUGUCCUCAGUUCUCAGCUCAAACUCCUCCAGACUGAGAGAACUGGACCUGAGUAAGAAUAACCUGCAGGAUUCAGGAGUGAAGCUGCUCUCUGCUGGACUGGAGAAUCCACACUGUACACUGGAAACACUGAGGCUGUGGGCGUGUAAUCUGACAGAGGAAAGCUGUAGAGUUCUGUCCUCAGUUCUCAGCUCAAACUCCUCCAGACUGAAAGAACUGGACCUGAGUUACAAUAACCUGCAGGAUUCAGGAGUGAAGCUGCUCUCUACUGGACUGGAGAAUCCACACUGUACACUGGAGAUACUGAGGCUGUGGAGGUGUAAUCUGACAGAGGAAAGCUGUAGAUUUCUGUCCUCAGUUCUCAGCUCAAAGUCCUCCAGACUGAGAGAACUGAACCUGAGUGACAAUAAACUGCAGGAUUCAGGAGUGAAGCUGCUCUCUGCUGGACUGGAGAAUCCACACUGUACACUGGAGAUACUGUGGAUGAAUUAUUGCAGUAUUACAGAUGAAGGUUGUGCUGCUCUGGCUUCAGCUCUGAGGUCAAACUCCUCAUCACACCUGAGAGAACUGAAUCUGAAGGGUAAUAAUCCAGGAGAAUCAGGAGUGAACCUGCUCUCCUGCUCUCUGAAGGAUCCACACUGUAAACUGGAGACAUUAUACAUUAAGGAUAACAAACUCACCAGAGACAGGAGUCUCACCUCAAACCUCUUCUCCAGGAUAAAGCAGUUUUGGUGAAGAGUUAGAACCCGUCCCACAUUUCCAGCAAUUUGGGAGCUGAAUCAUUAAACUUAAAGGGACAGAGCAGAUACAAAGUCAAGAACUGGCAGAAGGUCAUACACAGGAGAAAUCAACACACGUAACGAAAUAUCUGCUGUACAAUGCAACGGCAAAGAUCUGUCCCGGGGAUGGAGACUGACGAGGCUUAAGUACACGUCCGGAAAUCUACAGCCAACUAAUUCCAAAGCACGAGGCAGGAGCAGGCAUGUUAAUGGUAAAUGGUCUACACUCAUAUAGCGCUUUUUUAAUCUUAGUGGUUCCAAAGCGCUUUACACUGUUUCACAUUCAUGAGGUUUGUGCCAAAGAGUAGAUGUGAAAAUACAGUGGAAAAUUUCCCUUGCAACCUGCCAACCUUUGCUGUGUCAUGAACACAGUGUCGUGGGAAACCCAGGAGAUGAUUCAGAAAAGUGCCUAUGCAACAGUGAGUGUUCAGGAUGCAUGGAGGCACUGGUUCUGUACAUAGUGUUACAUGAAAUAAGACCAGAAAUAACACAAGUCAAUACCCUCGUGCACAUCUCUCUAAUGGCCUGAUGAGGUCCAUGUCAAUUCUUUCAACUGGGACCUUGAAUAAAAGCAAUGGACGCAAUGGUGCUAUUGGGGUGGCCAGUGGAUUUGCAGCUGAAAUUAGUAGCCUGUAACAAUUGCUUCCACAGCUUCUUUUUGAUGCUCCAGUCGGCUUAACACUACCCAUAUGAGUUGAUGUUUGGCUAAAAACCUAAGCUACCAGUGGACAGUUUGCUUGAUGGUAGUGAAGAAGGGAAAGGAGAUGGUGCUCAUUCAGAUUGGGUGGCCCAACACCAAAAGUAUUUGACCUCCAUUUAUACCAGUUCCUGAAGGCACUUGGUCAUUCACCGUAGGAACAAUUUCCCAGACUCAGGAGCAGUUCUACCCCCUGGCACUUUAGUGUAUUGUAAGAAUCACUUUCAUGGUUGCCGUAAGAUUCAGGAUGUCUGGCGCUCCACUAUGUUUGAGAUUGUGACGUACAUUGGUGAAGUGGGAAUGCUGUAUAAGAUCAGACCACAUGGAGAAGAUGGCCCCAUUAAAACUGUCCAUUGCUUAGAAUUUAAGCCUGUUCUUAGCUGGCAACAAUAUGCCAGGUAAACCAAAGGGUCAGGUCUACUGCCCCUUUCUAGCCCCAGGAGUGAGUAGAGCCAGAAGGACCUAGAAUUGGAGAUUAUUCACAUAAGAGAGAGAAUUGGUUUGUAUAUUAUGUAAGCUACUAAAAAUCAUUAAUUGGAUCUGACAGGUCUAGGUCAAAGGUCAUCAUCACCCGUCAUUUUCUAAUUAGAUGUCGUUAACAGUCAUCAUCUUCAAUCCUAAUCAUGUUGAGAGUUGUAUAUCAAAUAUAAUGUUACAUACAUUUUGCACUUAUGGUCUGCACUUCUAUCAAGUAAUCAUAUUAUGUUGAGACAUGUACACAUAUGGUCUGCACUUAGACAAAGGAAUCAUAUUAUGUUGAGAGAAUCACGCCAAAGAUAAUAUUACAUUUGGUUUACAUUUAUAUCAUUAGCAACCGUCAUUAUCUUAACAGAUGUAGGUCAUCAAUAACCGUCAUUAUCUUAUAACAGAUGUAGGUCAUCACCAACCGUCAUUUUCUGAACAGGUGUUGUUAAAAAUGGAUAAUCGUUUAUAUAAUAAAGGUUUGUUGUAAUCUGUUGCCUUCCCCCCCCACACACACACACACGUUCUUUGACAUAGAUCAAUACAUUCAAGUGCAUUCUACACGUACAUACAUGCACACUCUAAAAACAAAUGUUUAGGCUCAACAACAAGAAGAAAAACAUGACAACUUCUAAUGAAUUACGACAACUUUUAAUGAAACCAACAAAUUACACUGAGUUAGAGAAAUGACCUUUUCCUCUACAAUCAAAUGUAUUUUCAAAUAACACUUAAUAAAUUGUAUAAUAAACAUAAGUUUUUAUGUUGAUUACUCAUAAAAAUUAAGUUGUUCCACCUAGUUUGUUCACAUUAUUUAAAAGGAAGUGUUAUGUACUUAAUUACCAUAAUUAUGAACACAAGUUUUUAAUUUAACAAUCAUUUUUAAAGUUCCAUUGCUCCAAUUAGAUUUUCUCCAGUAGAAUACAGUCUUUUAAACCAGGAGAAAUUACUAACUUCAAGUUGUAUAACAAUAGUAUUAAAAUCAAGUGUAACUUACAAUACAAAUCUCAUACGUAACAUCUCUGCAGGUUUUAUAGACAUAAUUUUUAUAGCACUGAAUGAAAUGAGCAAUAUAGACAAAAAAGAAACACUCUGCGUCUACUACUUUUAUCUCUCUCAUAGAGCUAUCCACAGUCCGAAGGCUGCUAAUUCUGCUCAAAGAGCAAACUGACUACAAUGGAGCUAGGAGGCUACAGUGGCAAGAAAAAGUAUGUGAACCUUUUGGAAAUUCAUGGUUUUCUAAAUAAAUUUGUCAUAAAAUGUGAUCUGAUCUUCAUCUAAGUAAAGGGUAUUGACAAAUAUAAUGUGUCUAAAAUAAUAACACAAACUAUAUUCUGAUAUUAUAUUUCUUUAUUGAGAACAACCCCAAAAAAAGUAUGUGAACCCUUGAGUUAAUGACCUCAAAAAAGCUUUGAGUUUUUUUAGACAAAGUUUUUUUUGCACACCUGGAGUCUCCUUGAGAAAAUGAGUUUGGAGGUGUGGACUACAGCUACUUUGACUGAUAAAGCACAUGCUUAUGUGAGCUAUGCCUUGCCAAAAAGAGCUUUCAGAGGAUCUACGAUGAAGAACUGUUGAUUUACAUAAAGCUGGCAAGGGUUACAAAGUGAUUUCAAAGACAUUAGAAAUUCACCAGUCUACAGUCUGGCAAACAUUCUACAAAUGGAGACACUUUGGGACUGUUCCUACUCUGCCAAGAAGUGGGCGCCCAGUAAAAAUGACACCAAGAGCACAACGAAGACUCAUCAAUGAGGUAAAGAAACAACCCUGAAUGACAGCCAAGAUUUGAAGGCAUCAUUUGAACUGGCUAACAUCUCUGUUCAUGAGUCUACAAUAUAUCUACGGCAGGACACCACGAAGUAAGCCACUGCUUACUAAAAAGAACAUUGUUGCACACCUGAAGUUUGCAAAAGAACACAUUGACACUCCACAGAGGUAUUGGUAAAAUGUUUUGUGGACUGAUGAAACUAAGAUUGAACUAUUUGGAAAAAACCACACAGCACUACAUCUGGCGUAGAAAGGGCACGGCAUAUCAUCAUGAAAACAUCAUCCCAACCGUAAAGUAUGGUGGAGGAAACAUCAUGAUUUGGGCCUGCUUUGCUGCAUCAGGGUCUGGCCAGCUUGCAAUCAUUGAGGGGAAGAUGAAUUCCCAAGUAUAUCAAACAAUUCUUCAGGAUAAUGUGAGAAUGCCUGUAUAUCAGCUAAAACUGUGUAGAAGUUGGGUGAUGCAACAGGACAGAGAAACAAAGGUCAGAAAAACAAAAUCCGCCUUUUGGAAUGGCCAAGUCAGAGCCCAGACCUCUACCCUAUAAAGAUGCUAUGGAAUGACUUGAAGAAAGCCAUAGACAUGAGAUGUCCAAAGAAUUUGACCGAGCUAAAGCAGUUCUGCCAGGAAGAACGGGCUAAAAUUCCUCCUGAACGAUGUGCAGGUCUGAUCCACAGCUACAGGAAGUGCCUGGUUGAGGUUAUUGCUGCCGGGGGGGUCAACCAGUUAUUAAUUCUAAGGGUUCACUUACUUUUUCCACUGCCAUUUUGAAUGUUGAAUGAGUGUGUUCAAUAAAGACAUGAAAUAUCAGAAUUUUUUUGUGUUAUUUUUUUUAUGCACAUUAUAUUUGUGAAUACCCCUGACUUAGAUGAAGAUCAGAUCACAUUUUAUGACAAAUUUAUUCAGAAAACCAUGAAAUUCCAAAGGGUUCACAUAUUUUUUCUUGCCACUGUAUAUGUGUGAAUGACAAAAGAUUUUUUAUUUCUUUAAAUGUGUCUGUUGGAAAAUCUCUAUUUUCUAUUCCCCUAGAUAUGUAUAAGUAUGUUUAGGUUAUAGUUUAAUUUCUGUCUCAUGAACUUUCCAGAACCUGUCUGAUGUGUGCAUGUCAGUAAACAUGUCACCAUAGGAACUUUCUAUGAGAACCAUACCAUAUGUGAUCAGAAACCUGUACGUUCUUGUAUUGCCUAAGAUGUUUUUCACGUACGUGGCCAGACAAUUUAACUUCCAUAUUAUUUCCACACAUUAGUGCACCUAUGCAUGGCUAUUUAUACCUAUAUAAACCUCAGUAAAAUCUGCAAUAAACCUGACAUCUCUCUGAA